AUGGCCCAAAUGUUUUCACGGGGGACAUUCACCCAAUCAUUCCUCAUCCCAAAACCUGUCCUUACCGAAGAGAACCUUCCCGAUCAGACUGGAAAGGUUCAUCUCGUCACAGGAGGGUACACCGGUCUUGGCAAAGAGUUGACCUCCAUCCUGUAUCGACAUAAUGCAACCAUCUAUGUGGCUGGAAGAAGCGAGGACAAGGCAGCAACUGCCAUCGCAGACAUCACGGCCAAAAAUCCGGAAUCCACAGGCAGACUCGAAUUCUUGCAUUUGGAUUUGUCAGACCUAACUACCAUCAAGCCGGCUGUUGACAAGUUCAUUGCCAACGAGAAGCGUCUCGAUGUGUUGGUCAACAAUGCUGGCGUAAUGAUGUGCCCAAAAGGCAGCAAGGGCAAACAAGGGCACGAGCUUCAACUGGUCACCAAUUGCCUCGGGCCCUUCCUCUUCACCAAAGGACUCGUUCCCAUUCUGAAAGAAACGGCUAUAACUAGCCCACCGGGCUCAGUGCGCGUCAUCUGGGCCAGUUCUCUUGUCGCCAAUUUGCUGUCACCCACCGGCGGUGUCAAGCUGGGUGAAGAUGAUGCACCUCAGAUAUCGUCAUUCCAGCCCACAAACUAUGGUCAAUCCAAAGCUGCCAACAACUUCUACGCUGCCGAAUUUAGUAGACGAUACGGAGGAGAUGGUAUUCUGAGCGUCGCGUUCAACCCCGGCAACCUCGCGACCGAACUGCAGCGCCAUUUGGACCCCGUCAACUUGCUAACUGCCAAACUGAUCAACCAUCCUGCUCGAUUUGGCGCAUACACAGAACUCUAUGCAGGCUGGAGCCCCGAUAUAACUGUUGAGGAUGGAGGCAUGUUUGUCAUUCCGUGGGGUAGAAAAGGCAAUGACAUCUUGAGAAACGACUUGCGAAAAGCAAUUGAAGAGUCAAAAACCGAUGAGAAUUCAGUACCCAGGCGAUUUUGGGAGUGGAGUGAUAGAGAGACUUCGCAGUAUGCAUAA